AAACUAAAAAAUGCCGGCGGACACCAAGACAACAAAUGCCGCCGAUGCGGAUACCACACCCACAAAGGGUAAGAAAUCGAGCAAUUCCAAGGCAGCCUUGGCACGUGUGACACUAUUGGAUGGCUCCAUUUUGGAUGUGACUAUUGAUCGCAAAGCCAAGGGCCGUGAUCUCCUGAAUUCCAUCUGUGCCGGUCUGAAUAUUGUCGAAAAGGAUUACUUCGGUUUGACCUAUGAAACACCCACAGAUCCCCGCAAUUGGUUGGAUUUAGAUAAGCCGGUAUCGAAAUUCUUUGGCACCGAUCCAUGGUCUCUACAAUUUGCCGUUAAAUUUUAUCCUCCAGAACCCUCACAAUUGCAAGAGGAUAUCACCCGUUAUCAUUUGUGUUUACAAGUUCGUAAUGAUAUCUUGGAGGGUCGUCUACCAUGUACCUUUGUUACACACGCCUUGUUGGGUUCAUAUUUGGUGCAAUCGGAAAUGGGUGAUUAUGAUCCCAAGGAAAUGUCCGAUCGUAGCUAUUUGAAAGAUUUUAAAAUAGCACCAAAUCAAACAACGGAACUGGAGGAUAAGGUGAUGGAUUUACAUAAAACGCACAGAGGUCAAUCGCCAGCUGAAGCUGAACUACAUUACCUGGAAAAUGCCAAGAAAUUGGCCAUGUAUGGUGUUGACUUGCAUCCAGCCAAGGAUUCUGAGGGUGUGGAUAUUAUGUUGGGCGUUUGUGCCUCCGGUCUAUUGGUCUACAGAGACAAAUUGCGCAUCAAUCGUUUUGCCUGGCCCAAGAUUUUGAAAAUCUCCUAUAAACGUCAUCAUUUCUACAUCAAGAUACGUCCCGGCGAGUUUGAACAACACGAGGUUACCAUCGGUUUUAAAUUGGCCAAUCAUCGGGCUGCCAAGAAGCUAUGGAAAUCAUGUGUAGAACAUCAUACCUUCUUCCGUUUGAUGACACCCGAACCACCAAAUAAGUCGAGUUUGUUCCCAAGAUUUGGUUCGAAAUAUCGUUACUCGGGAAGGACAAUGUAUGAGAGUCGCAAAAAUCCCGUCGAUCGUGAUGCACCCAAGUUUGAUAGGAGUUUGUCGGGACGCCGCCUGACCUCUAGAUCAAUGGAUGCUUUGGCCUUGGCCGAAAAGGAGAAAGAUGCCCAAAAACGUCACACCAUGGGCCAUCCACCAGAGCACAUACCCGAUGUGGAUCCACCACGUAGUCGCAGUCCAUUGAAGAAGGACAAAAAGGAUAAGUUGAUACGUGAAUCUAGCACUGGUACUGCUUCGGCUUCUUCGCAGAGUUCCCUAGAAGGUGAUUACGAGACAAAUACCGGUGCUGCGGCCGAUGCUGCCUCAGCAGCAGCCGCCUUUGUGGGCCAUGAUCAGGCUGCCGCUGAAGCUGAAAAGGAAGCUAAAUUGCGUGAAAAGAAACUCAAAGAACAAGAGGAAAAGGAACGCAAGGAGCGUGAAAAGAAGGAAAAGGAAGCCAAGGAGAAGGCUACCAAAGAAAAGGCAGCCAAGGAGAAGGCUGAAAAGGCAGGCAAUGAUGAUUUGGAUGAUUCUCAGCGUGCCGGCAAGCAAAGGGGAGGUGGUUUAUUCUCUUCGGGUCGCAAGAGCAAAGGUGGUUCACCAGCCAAGGAUGGCAAAGACAAAUCCGCUGCUGGUAAGGAUAAGGAUGGCAAAGAUAAAUCCGGCAAGGAUAAAGAUGGUAAAGACAAGAAGCUGGGUCAAUUGGAAUUGGUUAGCACCACUGGUCUCGGAGGCAAAGAUGGUGCUGCGGACAACAAGGAUCAAGGUGAUAAAUCACGUGAUUCCAAAUCACCUGGCUUCACCAAGCCCUAUGAAUACACCGAUGGUGAUGGUGAAACAAGUCCAACACGUAAAUCUUAUGUACCUGGUGGUUUCCGUUAUGAUCAAGAUCCUAGCGGCGCUCAGCGUGGUCGUGACGGACAAGAUCAGCUGUCUCCAACAUCUCAGCAAAAGAAAAUCGGUUUGGCAUUCAAUUACGCCCCUGGCAACGAGGAGGAUUUGAAGAAACAGGCUGAGAAAUUGAAAUCGGGACAAUUGUCACCACGUACACGUGAAAAGUUGAACAAGGGUCAACUGUCACCACGCACAAAGGCCAAGCUAUUGAAGGAGGCCAAUUUGUCGCCGACCACAAGAGCUAAGUUGCAGGGUAGUGCUGUUGAUGCUGCUGCCCAACCAUUGAGUGAUGCCCAAAAGAGAUCGUAUUCUCCAUCGAAGAGCCCAACUCAGGGUUACACAUCGGGAGCUCCUGGUAGCUAUAAACCAUUGGUUGAUCCUACAUUGGCAUUUUUGGAAUCGGAGAGAUAUAAUAAGGAAAAGGGUUAUACCGGUCCCGAUGGUAAAGAUGUGAGAGCUGCUGCUGCCGGUGCUGGUGCUCUUGCAGGUGCUGCUGGCGCUGCCGGUAAAGAUGGCCGUGGAACCCCAGCUUCUCCCAAGGCUGGCGGCAAAACACCCACCACACCAGUUUCACCUUCCAAGGCUGGUGCUGGUUUGGCCGGUGCUGCUGCCGGAGCUGCUGCUGGUAAACCCAAAAAGAAGCGUGUCAAGAUUAUGGUCAUCACCUCCAAAUUCGAUCCCACCAACAAACGUAUUGAUGCCGAAACUGGCACCGUGGAACACUCAACCGGCAUUUUAGAUCCCAACACUGGCCUUAUUGAUACCAAAUAUGGUGUUAUUGAUCCCAAGAAGGGUACCCUGCAGGCUCUGAAUACCAAGACUGGCAAAAAUGAAACCUAUCAAGGUGAAGUUGAUCCCAAGACCGGCAAUUUGCAUUUGGUUAAUGGUGUUGCUGAUCCAGCUACGGGACGUGUCGAUGAUUCCUUGGGUCAAAUCUUUGCCAUUACACCUCAAGAUGACCCCGUUGUUGAGUUGACCGUCAUUACCAGCCGCAUUGAUCCUGCCACUGGCAAGGUUGAUGCUGUCAACGGUGAAGUUGAACGCUCCUUGGGUGUUUUGAAUAUGGAUAGCGGACUUUUGGACACCAAAUAUGGUGAAAUUAAUACCAGAACUGGAGAAUUGAAGGCCAUCGAUCCCAAGACCGGUAAAAUGGUUGUAUCGAAGAAUUUGAAGGUUGACCCCGGCACCGGACAAAUUACCAUUUUCGGUGUUAUGGAUACCAAGACCGGCAAAAUCGAUCAAAACCAAGGACGCAUUAUUGAGGUUGGCCAACAAAUCGAUCCCAUUGUUGAGGUCACCUCUUUGGCAGGCAAAUAUGAUUCCAAGAAGAAUGUUAUCGAUCCCAAGACUGCCUUUGUUGAGACAUCGGGUGGUCAAUUCGAUCCCAAGGCCGGUAAAAUCGAUACCAAGUAUGGACAAAUUGAUUUGGUGCGCCACACUAUUACCUUCACCGAUCCCAAAUCGGGUAAGACGGUGACGCGUGACAUUAAAAUCGAUCCCACCACUGGACAAAUUGUACUCAAAAAUCAAAUCAAUCCCAAGAACAAUAAACCCGAUAAGGAUUAUGCCCGCAUUAUUUCUCUGCGUAUUGUCCAACAACGUGUUGAUCCCAAGACCAAGGCACCCAUCAGUCAGGUCAGCUCGGCCAAGGAUAAGGAAAUCAUCAUCGAUCCCAAAUCCAAUCAAAUUUGGAUGCCAACUGGUGCUGUCGAUCCCAACACCAAAGAACCCCAAUACAUUUCCAGCAGUGUCGAUCCCAAGACCGGUUAUGUCAUCACCAUCUAUGGUUAUCUCAAUCCCAAGACCAAUGAAAUCAAGAAACAAACCAAAUUGGAUCCCAAUACCACAAAGAUUGAACCCACCUCCGGAAAGAUUUACACAGCCACCGGUGAUGUUGACCCCACCACUGGUGAACCACUUUAUGCUGCCACCCAAGUUGAUCCUGAAUCCGGCGAAGUCUACACCAAAUUGGCUCGCGUCGAUCCCAAGACAGGCAAAAUUGUUAUUGUUCGUAUUUUGCUUAUCUCAAAGGUUGAUGAGCGUGGACGUCCCGAAGAAAUCGACCCAGAGACAUGUGAAAUUGAUCCUGUCUCUGGACGUGUUCUCAAGUUCUUUAACAAAACCGUUUAUGUUUAUAAUAUGAUUGACCCCAUUACUGGUGAAAUUAUACAGGUUGAUCCCAAUGAUCCACGAUUUGCUGGUGCUCGUACCACGGUGACCCACACGAUGACAUUGACUGGAGAAAUUGAUCCCGUCACCGGACGCAUUAAGAGUGAAUAUGGUCACAUUGAUCCCAAUACUGGUGAUAUUGAUCCUGCCACCGCAAUUAAAGAUCCCGUUACCGGAAAAUUGAUUUUAAAUUAUGCCCAAAUUGAUCCAUCCCAUUUCGGUAAACAAGCUCAAGUUAGUACCACAACAGAAACAGUACCCAUUACUCGGGAACAAUUCUUUGAUGGUGUUAAACAUAUGGGUAAAAAUGCAUUGAGACGUGAUUCGGAGGCAAGUUCCGAUGAUGAUAUGACUGGUCAAUAUGAAACGGAAAUUGUUAAAGAUGUCGCUAUGCCCUCAAGUCCAAAGAAGAGUGCAACCUAUAAUUUGGGUAAACAUGUCAGCACCCCAACGGUGGUGAAGACAACCACCAAGCAAGUAUUGACGAAAAAUGAUGAUGGUGUAACGCAUAAUGUGGAGGAGGAGGUGCGCAAUUUGGGUACUGGCGAGGUCACGUAUUCUACACAGGAACACAAGGCUGAUGCCCCAGCUGUUGAUUUGACAAGUGGUGCUUAUGUUACUGCCACAGCAGUAACAACACGCACAGCCACCACACACGAAGAUUUGGGCAAAAAGGCCAAAACCGAACAAUUGGAAGAGAAAACAGUGGCCACGACACGAACCCAUGAUCCGAAUAAACAAGAACAACGAGUAGUAACACAGGAAGUAAAGACAACGGCAACAGUGACAAGUGGAGAUCAGUAUCCCCGACGUGAUAGUAUUUCAUCAACAAGUUCAGGCGAUUCGGGUACACCAAUUGAUGGUCCCGAUGAUGGUUCAACGGCAAUACAUAGUACCACAUCAUAUAAGGAAUCUCCAUUGUAUAAAACAUCCGCCUUUAAUAAUGCCACUACCACAACAACCAGCCCACACAUUGAACAGACCCGCGUCAUUUUAGGUGAAAACUCACCCGGCUAUGGCGGCGAAGGCGAAAUUGUCUCCACCCAAACUGUUAGCAGCAAAACUCGUACCGUCGAAACGAUAACAUACAAAACCGAACGAGAUGGCAUUGUCGAAACCCGAGUAGAACAAAAGAUUACCAUACAAUCCGAUGGCGAUCCAAUCGAUCAUGACAGAGCCUUAGCUGAAGCAAUUCAGGAGGCCACAGCUAUGAAUCCCGACAUGACAGUGGAGAAAAUUGAAAUCCAACAACAAACCCAAUAGAAAUAGAAA